ACUCAUUGUGUCUGUGUCGAGGCGUCGGGAGGGCCUAGGUCCGUGUGCAGCGCCCUUCGGCCGGCCUGAGCCCCAGAGUCAGCUCCCCUCUCUCGCACAGCGUCCCCAGGCCGCUCCCGGGGCUCACGGAAUAGUGCAGAAACAAGUACCAGAAACAUCUCCUAGGACAGAAAGGAGAGCACAGACCCUAUUUGGAUCAAGUCGGUUCCCCGAGCCUGAAUGAUGACUGCUGAAUCAAGGGAAGCCACGGGUCUCUCCCCCCAGGCUGCCCAGGAGAAGGAUGGCAUUGUCAUAGUGAAGGUGGAAGAGGAAGAUGAGGAGGACCACAUGUGGGGGCAGGAUUCCAGCCUGCAGGAGACCCCUCCUCCUGACCCGGAGAUAUUCCGCCAACGUUUCAGGCACUUCUGUUACCAGAACACUUUUGGGCCUCGAGAGGCUCUGAGUCGACUGAAAGAACUUUGUCAUCAGUGGCUACGACCAGAGAUAAACACCAAGGAGCAGAUUCUGGAGCUGCUCGUGCUGGAGCAGUUCCUUUCCAUUCUGCCCAAGGAGCUCCAGGUCUGGCUGCAGGAGUACCGUCCCGAUAGUGGGGAGGAGGCUGUGACCCUUCUGGAAGAUUUGGAGCUUGAUUUAUCAGGACAGCAGGUCCCAGGUCAAGUUCAUGGACCUGAGAUGCUCGCAAGGGGGAUGGUGCCUCUGGAUCCAGUACAGGAGUCCUCGAGCUUUGACCUUCAUCCUGAAGCUGCCCAGUCCCAUUUCAAGCAUUCAUCUCGGAAACCCCGCCUCUUACAGUCACGAGCUCUCCCUGCCACCCACGUUCCUGCCCCUCAUAAUGAGGGGAGUCCCCGAGACCAGGCGAUGGCAUCUGCACUAUUCACGGCAGAUUCCCAGGCAAUGGUGAAGAUCGAGGACAUGGCCGUGUCCCUCAUCCUGGAGGAAUGGGGAUGUCAGAACCUGGCUCGGAGGAAUCUCAAUAGGGACAACAGGCAGGAGAAUUAUGGGAACGUGUUUUCCCAGGGUUGUGAAAACAGGAAUGAGAAUGAGGAGUCAACCUCAAAGGCUGAAAUUGCAGAAGACUCAGCAUCACGUGGGGAGACAACAGGAAGAUUCCAGAAAGAUUUUGGAGAAAAACGUGAACAGCAGGGCAGAAUAGUAGAAAGGCAGCUAAGAAACCCUGAGGAGAAAACUGGAAAAGAAAAGAAAGAUUCAGGGCCAGCUACAGUCAAGGAAAAAAAACCCACCACGGGAGAGAGAGGUCCAAGGGAGAAGGGUAAAGGAUUGGGAAGAAGCUUCAGUUUGAGCUCAAACUUUAACACCCCUGAGGAGGUUCCGACAGGAGCCAAGUCUCAUAGGUGUGAUGAAUGUGGUAAAUGCUUCACAAGGAGUUCAAGCCUUAUUCGCCAUAAAAUAAUCCACACUGGAGAAAAGCCCUAUGAAUGUAGUGAGUGUGGGAAAGCCUUCAGUCUUAACUCAAACCUUGUCCUCCAUCAGAGAAUCCACACAGGAGAGAAACCUCAUGAAUGUAACGAGUGUGGCAAAGCCUUCAGUCAUAGUUCAAAUCUCAUUCUACAUCAGCGAAUCCACUCCGGAGAGAAACCUUACGAAUGUAAUGAGUGUGGGAAGGCCUUCAGCCAGAGCUCAGACCUCACUAAACAUCAGAGGAUCCACACAGGAGAAAAGCCCUAUGAAUGUAGCGAGUGUGGAAAAGCUUUCAACCGAAACUCAUACCUUAUUCUGCACCGGAGGAUUCACACCCGAGAAAAGCCCUAUAAGUGCACUAAGUGUGGCAAGGCCUUCACCCGGAGCUCAACGCUCACUCUGCACCACAGAAUCCACACGGGAGAGAGACGUUACAUAUGCGCUGAGUGUGGGAAAGCCUUUAGUAAUAGCUCAAACCUCACUAAGCACCGGAGAACACACACUGGGGAGAAGCCGUAUGUGUGCACCAAGUGUGGGAAAGCCUUCAGCCACAGCUCAAACCUUACCCUUCACUACAGGACACACUUGGUGGACCGGCCCUAUGACUGUAAGUGUGGGAAAGCCUUCGGUCAGAGCUCAGACCUCCUUAAACAUCAGCGAAUGCACACUGAAGAGGCACCUUAUCAGUGUAAAGAUUGUGGAAAGGCUUUCAGUGGUAAAGGCAGCCUCAUUCGGCACUAUCGAAUACACACUGGGGAGAAACCUUAUCAGUGUAACGAGUGUGGGAAGAGCUUUAGUCAGCACGCGGGUCUUAGUUCUCAUCAGAGACUCCACACUGGAGAGAAGCCAUAUAAAUGUAAGGAGUGUGGGAAAGCCUUCAACCACAGCUCCAAUUUUAAUAAACAUCACCGAAUCCAUACUGGGGAAAAGCCCUAUUGGUGUAAUAAUUGUGGAAAGACCUUCUGCAGUAAGUCAAAUCUCUCCAAACACCAGAGAGUCCACACUGGAGAGGGAGAAGUGCUUUAACUGGCAAAUAUACUCUUGCUGGUUUUGGGAUUCUGUGUUUGUUUUUCUUCUUUAGAACAUGAGUGCUAGAGAGAAACCCAGUAAUUGCAAUAUAAACUCUGGUGGUGGAUUUUAUUUCACUCCACAUCAAAGGAUGCCUGAGGAGGGAGCUGAGGCGGCAGCACUGUAGGAUGGGGCCCUGGUGGGUGUCGGGAUUCCUCACUCACCAGCUCACUGGGGCAGGGUCCCCUCGCCACACUUUGGUCCCAUAAACCAUGCCAGCAUUGCCUUUUGUAUAGUUAAACUCAUGUGUAUCCAGUAUAGUUAAAGAAGAAACGUAAAAGCUGUUUAACUGUUUUAAUAUGUAUUCAAGAAUGACAAUUUGUAAAGAAUUGAGCCACGUUGAACACAAUUUAAUCUGAUUCAGAAUAAACUUAGAACAUCUUG